AGCUUCUUCAAACCUGACACGAUGGUGUUUCUUCUUCUGCUCCAGCUUCUGCUGACCUCUGGCACUCUGGGAUACAGCCUGGACAACCCCCUCACCUACGUACGCAAAGACUUUGUGACGGGUAAACCUGUGACAUGCGACGCCUGCCAGCCUGGGUACUACCUGCGCGCGCACUGCACGGCGACGCAGAAGAGCCAGUGCGCCCCGUGUCCGGCAGGCUCGUUCACGGCGAUCUGGAACUACAUCGACAAGUGUUUGCGCUGCAGUGUGUGCGGGUUGAACGAGGUGGUGAAGAAGCCCUGCACGGCGUCCAACGACUCCCAGUGCGCGUGCAAGGACGGGUACUUCUUCCACCCGCGGUACAACAUGUGCACGCGCCACAGCGAGUGUCCAUCCGGACAAGGAGUCCUCACUGAAGGGACCGCUGAGAAGAACACGGUGUGUCACAGCUGUCCUGAUGGCACCUUCUCCAACUCCUCCUCUGCGCGGCAGAACUGCACACAGCAUAGGAGCUGCAGUGAUGUGGGCCUGAAGACUGUGCUGAGGGGCUCCAGCUGGCACGACAGCGUUUGUGGAAGCUGUGAUGAGAACAUCGAUGGAGCCGAGUACCUUAAAGAAAUCAUCCCAGGUAUCUUUGUUCAUCACAAAAUGAGCAUUAAAAGAAUGCGUCGCUUAGUGCACAAGCUGCUGUCUGAAAAGGGCGAAAAGCACAGCGGAACGUCGCAGAUGAGUUCCCCACAACUCCAAGCAAAGGUAGAGGAAUGGGUUCUCUCCUCCACCUCAAGCCAAGUUCACAAGCUCAUAGAAAUGCUACGUGAAGUUGGAGCUGUUCAUAAUGCGGAAAAGCUGAGCAGCAAGCUGAGCAGGAUUGAUGCUUUUAUGACAGACUGCAGAGCCAAAACAGAAGGAGGAGAAGUCAUGUACACUGAUAUAGAAGGUGUUGUUUAACACUCGCAGCGAGUGUUAAACAACAGAACUAUUUUUAAGCAUGAAGACGAGGAAUAAACUCAAAGUGCAUAGGUGGGUAACCUCAGAGGGGUUGACCAUGGACGCAGCUAUGACAGCUCAGCAGAACUGACUGAGCACAGCCGAUGGCCGCCGUCACGGAACCAAGAACAAGACAAAUGUACAACCAAAGAAAAGAUCCAAACAAGCAAAUCUAUGUCCUGGUCCCAACCUUGGAUCAUCCCUAAUGCACAGACUUCAUCUGGAUGAAGCUCGUCUGCUGGACUUUAAAUAUGUAGUUGUAUAAGUUAAUAUAAGUUCAUUUUUUUCUAUGAGUUCUGGUACAUCGCCUGUCCGUCUUGGGGGAGGAUCCCUCCUCCAUGUGGACACCCCUGAGGUUUCUUCGUUUUUACCGGAAUCCGGUUUUUUGGGAGCUUUUCCUUACAGAGAAGGGGGGUCUAAGGGCAGGGAUGCCACUAUAGCUUAGUCUGUUUGGUUAAAGUUUUAGUAUUGUCCAAUUGAAUGCUAUGUAUUUAUGAUCCUGUUGAUUUUAUAUUUUACUUUUUCAACUACAGAUACGAAGCCCAUCGAAACGACUGUUGUUGUGAAUUUGGGCUAUACAAAAUAAAAUUGAAUUGAAUUGAAUCUCCUCCUCCUCUUGUGUCAAAACGACACUGGCAUUUAUUUUUUGCUGAGGAGUAUUAGCCUCGCUUAGCAAAAAGUAGGACACUUCAAAUUGAGUGUUUCUCUAUAGUAUAACAGCAAGUACUGUAUACUAUAAAGCAUGUGUGUGUUGUGUAGGAUGUAUACUGAAUACUUUUUCAGACUGAAUAUUUUAUUUUAAAAUAUGUAUAAGUAAAUAAAGUAAACUUUGAGUAUACUUGUAGAACACUUCAAUAGACUAUAUUUUGCUAAGGGAUCUGGUAAAUCUACCUCCUUUACAUUUCAGUUGCUCAAUGAGUUAAACUGCUAUUAGGGCUGGGUAUUACCGCCAAAACACACAUAGGACUCAACUUUAAUUCACAAGGUUGCUGUUGGAUUUGAUUCUUUUUUUUUCUUUCAAAUUUGCUUUGAAAGCGGUGUGUUUGGUUAUUAAAAUGAAAGCCCUUGAACCGCUUUUUUAUUUUACUGUUGCAGUGUAAAGUCUAAAUAAAGUUUUUGUAUUGUCUUUUGUAUUGGAGCUGAUGUUUUUAUUCUCUCAUUGUGAAAGCCUGCUGGUCAAUG